AUGAAUGGCCGUUCGGAAGGCGCGACGUCGUCCAGGGUGAUAACGGGGCUCAAUAAGACAGUGCUGUCCCGUCUGCCGCCCUCUCUGCUGCUCAUCAAGGUGGAGAGCGUGAUGAUGGGAGCCGCCUUUCUCGCCAUGAUUAUUUUCCUUGCUCUCUGUGGUGCGGCGUACCGGCCAACGGAGGAGAUCGACCUUCGUAGCAUCGGAUGGGGUAACAUCUUCCAGCUGCCCUUCAAGCACCUGCGGGAUUAUCGCAUACGUCUGCUCUGCCCCUUUUUCAUCUACAGCGGCUUUGAGAUCCUGUUCGCCGUGACGGGGCUCAUGCUGUCUUACGGCGUCUGCUCUGUUGGCUUGGAGAAUCUGUGGGCCCUGGUCAUCGCGUACGGCUUGUCGGCGUCCAUCUUCUCGGCACUGCCUCCGAUGCUGAUGUGGCUGGAUCACUGGGUUCCGCUCCGCACGGGGGCCGCAUCAGAAGGGACAGUGUUUGGUUAG